CUGCACUGCACUCGAUCUGCAGACUCGGAGCAAAGUUGGAGCAGCUCAUGCAGCUUUGGACCUGGUGAAUGCGUCGCUGCCAGGGCCAGUGGCAGGGGCUCAUUUGUAAGGGAUGGCAGCUCAUUCGGAGCUUCCAGCUUGAGAGGAGGGGUCCUGGAAGCUCCAUCAGAGCAGGAAGGGUUUUCUGGUCGUGCACGCCCUCAGAGCUGGAUGUUCAAGUCCUAACCAGCUAGUCAUGGCUUCUUUUUCUACACUCGUCCUAUUUCUGACGUUUGCACUUGCAAGUGGUGCUUCCCCUCUGAAUGGCGCUUCGCACGAAAUUUCGUCAGAGCUGCGACCCGGCGAGGACGCCACUCUUGUCUUGCCGGCACGCGUUCGCAUUACCCCCAAAUGGCGCAUCCUCCACCCUCACAAAGCCUUCUCUGUGGUGCACGUGAAUAUCUCAGCAGGGCCUUCAGUCAAGGCCGAGUACUGUCUGCACCAGAAUGAGUCGCUUGAGGCUGGCUCGUGCGUGGCAUGGGGGGCAAAGUCAGGGCUGCUCCUGAAGGGCAUCCCGAGGGUGGAAACAAAGUCGCCGUUCGAGCCUGCGUUCCUGGACGUGAACACGAGCGCAAAGGGCUUGGCGGGGAAGCAUGCGACGGUGGCGGUCACUGAAGACUUCCAGCCGCACCGCCUCAUCUUCUUCCUCCUCGGCCAUGCGUUCCUGCUCGUAGCGCCACUUGUCAGCACCUCACUGGCGUUCUACUACGGCUCCGGCAUGAUGUUCGGCGUCAUCCUGGUCGCCGUUUUUAUUGCUUUCCAGAUGAGCCGCCUGCUGCCCGUCAACCGCAAGAAGGCCUGGAACGCACUCAUCCUCGGCUCCAUGCUUGGUUUGAGCACCAUGGUGUGGGACAGCAUCCAGAGCCUCUUGGUCGGGGCGCUGCGGAACCUCGGGCUGGAUCAAGGAGCAGAGACACUGGUCUUCCCCUUCGCGGUCUUGAUCGUGCUGCUCAUUGGCGCGUUCCUGGGGUUCUGGCUCGUUCGAAAGUUCGUUUUGGACGCGACGGGCAGCCCGGACAAGGACACGGCGACCUUCGUGGAGUGGGCCAUCAAGCUGACGGCGUUCCUCAUGCUGUUUCUGAGUUCGAACGAUUGGGUCUUUCAGAUCCUGUUGCCCCUCUCCGGAGUCGUGACGAUCUGGGGUUACAAAAUUGUGCGGGCACGCCUCAGCAAAGCACCAGAGGAGCCAGGAAUAUCAGACGACUUGGACGAGAUGGAGAUAGACGUCAGAACGCCUUCCCCAUCGUUUGACACGUGGCAGCAGCGGAAGCGCGAGCACCGGCGCAACUCUGCCUCUAGCGACUUGGACAUCGACCACACCGCGUUCCCAUCUAGUUUCCAGACGCCGGAUAAAAGCAAGCUUCACUCGGCGAGAGAAGUCGAGGAAGUGUCGCGGCAGCUUACGGAGAAAAGUCUUGCGGAUCUGAUGAAAAGCCCGCAGUUUACGGAAUGGUUGUCUUCGAAGGCCACGGAUAGGAUACAGGUGUCGCCGUUGUCGGCGCGAAGAAACAGGACACCGCAGGAGAUAGAGAAGACAGCGAGCGAAGGCGACAGUAUUGUGACGAAGCUGAAGUUCUGGUAGGAGGACUUGUGCAGGUAAAAGCCGUUAUAAAGUGAAGGUUCGUUUGGAAGAGUCCAAAGUUGCCUGCUAGGAUACAUAAGCGGUCUUGGUUGUGUGCUAUGGAAGGUCAAGCGGAUGGCAAAUACUUGCUCCAUGGUCUAGGUGGUUCCUUGUUUGUGACCAGAUAGGGUCUGGGCGACGGUCCGUAGUAGCACUCUGUAUUAGGGUCUACGGCAUUCAUGUAAGGUAAAUUUUGGCAACAAGAAGGCCUGCAACUUGGUAGGGGUUGACAGUAAUAGGAACGAAUUUGGAGAUCAGAAUUUACACGUUGCCAUGUCGGUCAUACCCUGCUAUGACCGACCAUGGUUGGCUCAAGGCAAAUGAUUGUAAGUGACCGAGCCGGAGCAAGUGUCUGCAGAU